CCAACAUUACCAGAGUCCUUUUUCAACUUUUUGAGAGCUUUUUUUCAUCAUACCAUUCCCCGCAAGUUGUGGUCCGACCUCCCUAAUCUUGUCGCAUUGAACUCCAUUUCUUUUUCAUUACCAAACUUGGUCACAUCAAGCUUUAUUCUCAUUUUUUUCUUCUCUUAACCACCUUGUAGGCUCUCUGCUCUUCUCUUUCCGACCUCAAAGAUUCCAAGGACAAUCAAAACCAAGUGACUAACCACCCGCCUAACUCACUCCUUUUAUUUCCUAUAGCAGACCCCCUCCCUUUUUCUACCUCUUUUUAGUUUUAUCUCUGUAAUUCUACGCAGAAUAGCCCCCUCCCUUCUAGCUUCUUGAAUUGGGUACUUUAAGCAAAGUCCAAUGAUGCCACCGGUUCACUCUAGUCCAUAUUUCCAAAUGUACAAUCCGGCAAUGCUGACUUUGCUCCAGCCUACUCCUGGAGAGAAGCACCGAAAGACCAGUCGCAGUGGCAGUCUCUUGCGUAUGUUCAAGUUCUUUCCUAUGCUAACCUCAGGGUGCAAGAUGGUUGCACUAUUGGGUAGACCCCGGAAGCCUUUGCUGAAGGAUAGUGCUACAACAGGUACAAUUUUUGGCUAUCGCAAAGGCAGAGUUUGCUUAGCAAUACAAGAUGAUCCCCAUUGCGUACCAAUGUUUGUCAUAGAGCUACCAAUGCUUAGCAGCUUACUUCGAAAGGAAAUGGCAUCUGAUGUAGUUAGAAUAGCUCUAGAGAGUGAAACCAAGACGCAUAAGAAGAAACUGUUGGAGGAGUUUGUCUGGGUAGUGUACUGUAAUGGAAGAAAGAUGGGUUACUCUAUCAGGAGGAAACAAUUGUCUGACGAUGAGCUUCAUGUUAUGCAACUUUUACGAGGCGUGUCAAUGGGUGCAGGGGUCCUUCCAAGCCCAAAUGAGAAGGAAACAGUCACAGCCGAUGGGGAAUUGACGUACAUGAGAGCAAGAUUUGAGAAGGUGGUUGGAUCAAAGGACUCGGAAGCUUUAUACAUGAUCAAUCCAGAUGGUGCACCUGGUCCAGAACUAAGUGUUUUCUUUGUAAGAGCUCAUUAGAAAUUUGUGUCAUUUCUACACGUGAAACUUUACAUGAGUACUAUAAAGACUAUAUUCUCU